GCCGCUUGUCAAAGUUUGUUGAGUGUUCUUUGGUUAAUGUUUUCGUGGCUGAGUUCCGUUUUACUCUCUUUGAAUGUGUGGACUUUCUGCAAUAUAUGUUGAAUCAUGAGUAGAGCUGUAACUGCGGAUUUGAGACGCAAUAGCAUAGAUUUUCUUGGCGUGUCUGGUUCGUACACAGAAAAACUUUCUUCAAGUACGAACUCGAUCGACGGCGAAACCGUACCACUGCGGAGAAUGGGUUUUCAACGUGAUCGAGAUUCGAAGAAGAGCGGAGAUUUUUCAGCCCACAAUGGACACAGAACUAAAGAUGAUAAACAGGUCGGAUUUAGCUCAGGGAGAACAUUUGGUUGUCGUCCAGAAGAAUACCGAAAAAUACAAAAUUACUGCUUUCGAUUUCUGGAGAUGCCUAAAGGACCGUUUAGUACUUUAUACCAUGCUCUUUUAUUUUUCCUGGUGAUUGUAAGUUUGAUUUUAAGUGUGCUGAGCACAGUGCGUACAAAAGAAGAAAACUAUGAAGAAGUUUUACAGACACCAAUUUUAGUAGUGGAAAUUAUUUUAAUAGUCAUAUUUGUAGUAGAGUAUUGUAUAAGAUUUUGGGCAGCUGGCUGUCGAAGUGCUUAUGUAGGAAUCAAAGGAAGACUGCGCUUUGCUGUGCAGAUAUAUUCUAUAAUAGAUAUGGUAGUCAUUAUUUCUUCAAUUGUCGCUGUGUCCCUAGCUAGUAACACGUCUUCUUCUCCAGUUAGGUUACUGAGAUUUCUUCCACUCCUUCGGGUUUUGAGAUUUGAUAGGCAGGGAGGAACAUGGAAACUUUUGGGCUCCGUGAUCUUUGUUCAUCGUCAGGAACUUCUCACAACAUUUUAUCUUGGUUUUAUCAGUUUAAUAUUUGCAUCCUUUGUACUCUACAUGGUUGAAAAAGAUUCAAAUAGUGAAUUUGACAGCUGGCCUAGCUCCUUUUGGUGGGGAAUUGUAACCCUUACAACAGUUGGUUAUGGUGACACUGUACCUUCCACUUGGUAUGGAAAGUGUUGUGCUGCUCUGUUUUUCAUCUCUGGGAUUUCCUUUUUUGCUCUUCCUGCUGGUAUUUUAGGAUCAGGAUUUGCAUUAAAGGUCACACAACAGCAGAGGCAGAAACAUUUUCACAGGAGAAGAAGGCCUGCUGCAAUUCUCCUUCAGUCAUAUUGGCGGCUCUUCUGUGCUGAUCUUGACUCAAAGUCAGUAGCAACAUGGCUGCCGUCAAUCUAUUACAAUCGUCAGCAGCACCUCUUGAAGGCUGUGAUGGAGAAAACAGGCACCACAGGUAUGGUGGGAGUGGAAGAUGAUUAUCCUCCUCUAUCAGAUUCUCAACGUAAAAGGAAACGGUCUCUAUGGACAAAACAGAAAGGGUUAAGAAGAGAGUCAUAUGAUGUGCAAUCCACUAGAUCUGAUUCACAAUUGACUGCUAAUUAUGACAGGAAGGCUAGCACCUGCAGUGUAUUAGACAGUGAUUUUAUUGCUGAGGGUACCAGGUCGAAAUUCGGAUCCGUGACUAGCCAUGACGCUAUAGUCACGAUGCUGUCGUCACAUAAUGUUCAGUGUUCAGUUGUUCACUCCAGAAAGCAAUCAAUUGCACCUUUGAUUUGGGGCGAUGAAAAUGCACUUUUGGCUUUACAGACAGAUGGGGAACGACCGUGUAUCGAGUUGACAAAUGCUCAAAAGUUGGCGAUCCGUCUCAUUCGAAUUUUAAAGCUCAGAGUUGCAAUUAGGAAAUUCAAGGAGGCCAGGAGACCAUAUGAUGUUAAAGAUGUGAUUGAACAAUACUCAACAGGCCACGUGGAAAUGUUAGCAAGAAUUAAAAGUCUCCAGGCUAAGAUGGAUAAAUCUCACAGGAGUGAAGGAGAUGACGAAGGCUCGGGAAAAGUAGAUGUAACCAAAAGACUUUCUAGGGUGGAACAUCAAGUGACCAUCAUAGAUUCUAAACUUGAGUUAGUCCUGCAGAUGCUACGAAGCAUUCAGAACACUCGUGAGUCUCCCUCGGGAGGCAGCAACUCUUACGAUUUGAAUUUUCGCGAUAAUGGCGACGGUGUCUCGUCCAGGCGCUCUUCUGUGACCCGCGCGCAUUCCGACCCGUUAGAUGUUCGGACCCAAAUGGUUCCAGGCACACACAACUCUACUACCCACGUGAUAAGAACGUCGGAUAUUCCUUGCGUGACGCUUAGUUAUCCUGAAUCUUGUCAAAGUUCAGGGUCUCGCCCAGGCUCUCUAAGUUCCACGCAGUCGCAGUCUCAGUCCCUACACGGAAGUCUUUCUGGUGGAGAUCAACACCCAAAUUUGGACCAGCUAGAUGCAACUUACAAUAGUGAUGCAACUGUGCUGAACGCUUCAGCGUUGUCACGCAAUCUUGGUACGGACAAGAGGCAAUUGUCAGACGUUACUGAAGCUGAUGAGAGCCUUGCGGAUUCGAAAGAGACUGUUGGUGGGCUGACUCCCCCGGGACCAAUCUCUCAACAAAACUCUACCGCAUCUGAUACUGAUCCCGUUCCGGGGGAUGCAGACAACCUUGCUGAACAGAAGGAUGAGGAACCAGUAUGGGAGAAAAGGGAAAUAGGCUUAGAAACUAGACGGCGCAAAAGAAGUCUCUUGAACUUAUCAGAAUCCGAAACACAAAUGUCAGAACAUGGAGAGGUUUUACAGGCAGAAGAAAAAGACUCAGAUGACUGCGACAUUGUGGCGCGAUAUCGAGAGACACCAGAACAAAGGGACUCUCUCACAGGGGACGGAGACGCUUUACCAAGGGGUGCUCAGGGAGAAUUGGAAGGUGUUCCCUCUUCCCCUCAAGCCGUUGAAGAAGGAUCCUAUGAUACAUCAGUGAGGUCCGCGCCUACAAGGAUGUCCGCAAAACGGCGCCCUCUUGUGAAAUCUAACCCUGUUGAGGUUUAGAGUUAUCAGAAGCUAAACGUCUCAAAGACUGGCUUGACACUGUGGAAUUAUGGUCACAGAUAGUAUAGGAUCACGAAAAUGUGUCUCCUGGAGUAACCGGUCCAAGAGCGUUUUCAGCAUUUUCAGGAUCCGAGCUCAUUGGGUGAACGAGGGCCCUACGGGGUUCAGUUGCUUGUCAUCUUAGAAAACUCUCCUACCCUUGCGGAUGUUCUUACAUGACGUUUCCGCCUUUUUGGUGUGGUUGGUGUAGUUACUGAUCAACUAGUUCAAGAUAAGAGUGGUAUUUAGUCCUCUGUCCGCGUGCUUUGAACACGAAAAAAACAUAAUUUGCGAGAAAUAGAUAGGGCAAUAUUUGUCUGUCUCCGUUUUUCGUCAAAAAGCCACUGAAAACUAAGUACUGACCCCCCAUGCACGAAGUUUAAAGUUUAAAGUAAAAAUUAAAACGGUAAUGAUGGCUUCUACAUUGCGCGAACACCAUUGGAAAUCUUCUUGAUGAAAGAUUUCUCAGGAAGCUGGACCUCCUUAUAUGGUGCGAUGCUUAAUAUAUAUAAAGAUUCUUAAUUGCAUGAGGAUAGAGUUUGUGGAUAAGUAAAAAGUAAUUUAAUAACAUAGGCGUGAUACUGAAGUCAGUUCGUUGCUGACAGAAGCUGAGAUCUUUGAUCUAAAUAGAUGUGAUAAAUUCGCCGGAAGGUGAAUUUAUCAUGGAUCGUCUUCGUUAUCUGAGAAAUUGCACAGCCACCCCUCCCUUAACCCAACAUUAACCCAAACUUGUUAUUAGUUGACUGUGGUUGAGUUGGGUUAGGGGUGGGGUGGGUAGGCAGUUGUUCAAAUACUUUUAUCAUCAGCAGAGUAUAAUGUAUUUGAACACGAGGUUGGCUUUUACCAAGAGAGAAUAAUUUUCUUCUGUGUUUACUAAUUAUGAAACAUGAUUAUUUAAGUCUCGGAUAAGUGUUUUCAAAUAUUGCUGUUUUAUCGACAUUACUGAGAAUUUUCUCGUUAAAGGUGUAUUUUUAUAUUUGAAGAAAAACUGAUCUGUGUGACAGCUAGAGUAAUGUACAGUUUGAUAAAAGGAAAAAGUCAUGAUAAUGCUUGACUUGGAGGUGUGUUA